AUGGAUGAUUACUAUGCGGCAUACGAGAGUUUAGCGGAGUUAGAAGUAGGUGGUUUGACAGGGGUUUUGGGUUUGACGGGUAGUGGGAAGACUACAUUGUUGCGUGCCUUCGAACGUGUAGGUAGUGGGUUAAAUGAGGAGGUACGUUUGGCUGCGAAUUCAAGUGAGUUCUUACCUGGUUUAACAGUGUUUGAAUAUCUGAUGAAUGGUUGUCGUCUAUCUGGUGCUAAGAAUUGUUUACGGAAAUGUUCUGAGAUAAUAUGGUUAUUAGGACUUGAUCAAUGUAAGAAUUAUUUGGUAGCUAGUGAUAAAGAUGAGACUACUAUAUCUCAAGGACAACGCGCGCGCACACACAUUGGUUUUGUCAUUGCAAGCGCAUCAUGUCCUAUACAACGUUUACUUAUUGAUGAACCACUCUCAAGUCUAGAUACAGGCGCAGCUGUCCUUGUUGUUGACGCUUUUAAAACACUCAUACAACAUGGCAAGUAUGUUCGCUCUAUCGUUUUCACCGACUCUCCAUCGUAUACCAAGGACCCUGCCACCGAGCUUUAUCUUACUUCCUAA